AUGUGCUCUUCUCCCCGAGUUACUCACGUGGUCCCGCGACUUAGUGGGAUGAUCUUGGAGUUGUUGGCCAUCUAUGGAUCGAUUCUGCUCGGAUGCAUCAUCUCAACAACGUUUUUGAUUCUGAUCGGAAAAAGUUGGGGACCGUUGCCGCAUUACUACCUGGGAAUUGUGCGAUGGAUACAGAGAUUUUACCCAAAGGUUUACCCGAAAUCUCAUGCUCCAUACCCAGCCAUUGUAAAGAAGGAUCCGUACAAUUCCCUAAUGCGUGAUAAGGAAACCUCUUCAUCUCAUUUUCCAUUUUUGACCGAUCCCAGGGAUUCAUUAAAGAUCUCACUAGACGCGCUGCAUUCAGGAAUAGAGGCCAUUGUCCAGGAUAAUGUGGCCCCAGUUUUUGGAAGAGCGCCAACACAUAGUCAAUCACUUCUUCGUAUGACACCAUAUCCUCAGUGGACCAAGUUCCAAAAAGCUCUAUUCUACCUUACCGUAAUCUUCAGAUGGACUUUCUUGUUUCCCAUCCGAUUGGCCUUUCUAUUACUUUCAUUCGCUUUUCUAAUUGGUGCUGUAAUUAUUGCAGUCAAUAGGAGAUUGACCGAUAAAGAAAAAACUUGGGUUGGCAUCGUUUACAGCCGGCUAUUUUGCUGUAGUAUGGGAGUAGUCGCUUCUUUCAGAAAUAAACAUCUGAGACCAAAAGGACCUGGAGUGGCCGUUGCUAACCACAUGACACCAAACGAUGCGCAAAUAUUGUUCUCAAACACUCCAGUUGGAUCAUCGUACGGUUAUGUGAUCACUGGACAGAAGCACGAGGGGAUAAUUGGCUCCAUGGAGACACUGGCCAGUAGUCUAUGUCCAACUUAUUGGGUAGAAAGAGAAAACAAGGCCGAUCGUCGUGAAUUUCUCACUGAAAUAAUCAAGAAAUCUCAGUUUGGAGGACCGAUUCUGCUCUUCCCUGAAGGCUAUUGCUCGAACAAUACGCAAGUGCUACAGUUCAGAAAAGCGAUUUUCGAUGAUGGUGUCAGGAUUUAUCCUAUUGCAAUAAAGCAGAGAAGUCGCUAUGGAGACUCAUUUUGGUUUGAUGAUUUAUUUUAUAUGUAUCUCUUACGUGUAAUGAGUAGCUGGGCAAUCUACUAUGAUGUCACUUAUCUACCAUCGAUGAUCAAAUUGCCAACGGAGACAAAGGUAGAAUUUGCGGCGAGGACUCAAGCAGUUAUCUGCGAUGUUGUUGGAGUUCCAGCCGGACAGUUUGAUGGAUCCAUGUUUUAUAGUAAAACCAUGCAAGAGCGAGUCCGAACUUGCCAGAGGGAAAUUUGUGCAAAUGCACUUCGUACAUUCUACUUUGGUGAGGAAAAAACAGAAGAGGAAGAUAGCAAAGCUUCCGAAAGCAUACCAGCACAAGUCCAAGAUGAUCGACCAAUAGUCGUGAAUUAAGCAUUAUUAAGAAUAUUUUUAUGUAAAUAGCAGAUAAAGGACU